AUGUCCUCUUCGCCCAACAAUGCCGCCGGAGAUGCCGCCAACGCCAAUGGCGACGACAAGCCCCGACUUACCGAGGAGGAGAAGAAGCAGAACCACAUUGCCUCUGAGCAGAAGCGCAGACAGGCGAUUCGCGAGGGCUUCGACCGAUUGACCGAACUGGUGCCUGGCCUCGAGGGCCAGGGCCGAUCCGAGGGCCUCGUCCUCAAGAAGACGGUCGAGUACAUGCGCCAGCAGCUCGACGAGCGCCAGUCUAUGAUUGCGCGCGUUGAGCAGACCGGCGGGGCCGUGGACUCCGAACUCAAGUCGUAA